AUGGGUAACACAGAAAAGCUUCUGAACCAAAUCAUGGAAUUGAAAUUCACCUCGAAAUCGCUUCAACGUCAAGCAAGAAAGUGCGAAAAGGAAGAGAAAUCGGAGAAACUCAAAGUAAAGAAAGCAAUCGAAAAAGGAAACAUGGACGGUGCACGGAUCUACGCUGAAAACGCGAUCAGGAAACGAACAGAGCAGAUGAACUACCUCCGAUUAUCCUCCCGAUUGGACGCCGUUAGUGCUCGUCUCGAUACUCAGGCGAAGAUGUCGACGAUCAGCAAAUCGAUGGGAAACAUCGUGAAGUCGUUGGAAUCUUCUCUCGCAACCGGAAACCUACAGAAGAUGUCGGAGACGAUGGAUCAGUUCGAGAAACAGUUUGUGAACAUGGAGGUGCAAGCGGAGUUUAUGGAAAGCGCUAUGGCUGGAUCCACCUCGCUUUCUACGCCGGAAGGUGAGGUUAACAGUUUGAUGCAACAGGUUGCUGAUGAUUAUGGCCUUGAGGUGUCCGUUGGGCUUCCUCAGCCAGCUGCUCAUGCUGUUCCGCUUAAGGAGAAGGAUGCUGAGAAGGUUGAUGAGGAUGAUUUGUCGAGGCGGCUUGCGGAGCUUAAAGCUAGAGGUUAA